CUAGUAGUAGUGGACGCGACCUAUCGUCUCAAACCAAAAAAACUGUCCAAAACCUUUCAAAGGGCUCUACGGGUCAUGAAAUUGAUACAGAAAAUGCAUCUAGACCAGGUCUUUUGACAGAUAUGCUGAACUAUGAUAAUUCGAUGGACAAUGAUGAAUUUACAGCGUUGUUUACUUCACAAACAAAGAAGCUGGCCCACCCCAUCGAGUGUUUGUCCUUGACUUUAGAGGAGGUCACACACAUCAGACAGGUGUUAACGAAGGCGGAGCUAGAGACGCUCAUCACGAACCACGAAAUGUACAACCUUGUGUCAAAAGGAAAGGUGUGCUUUACCUGUAAAUUGGUCAAGUUCUCCAUGUUUGGUCAAUGGGGAACUCGAUGCAAGAUUUGUAAGCGCAAUGUUUGCAACAACUGUCUCAGAAAGAUGAACAUUCCCACGGAACCCUUCCAGAAUAUUCCAGUUCACACACUGAGCCCAAUACCCCUCAGUCCCGAAACCCUGGAUCUUCUCAAAGUCUACGAAAGGACUGGGUCUGUACCCCACACUCCUUCAUCAGAAAGGAAGACCCAGCAAGUCAUGGAGGAACCUGCCGCUAGGCGGACAUCCUUACAGAAAUCCCACACCAUAGGAUCGGGGUCAGCCCCCACCCUCCCCAACAAAAUCUUACUGCGGGGCCCCCAGAUGAGUGUGUGCUGUGACUGCAAGACCAUGAUAAUGGAGAUCAUCCGCGCCAGUCGCACGUCCAUCGCUCUCAUCCACAAAGGACAGGAAGCUCAGCCCUCCCCAACCAAGGAGGAGGAGAGAGGGGAGGGGCUUAACCUGUCCACGCUGUCACUCAACAUCAAACAGUUCUUCAACAAGUGAUAGGACAGAAAUCUUCUGAUAAUCAUCCGUGCAAUCUUUUCCUUAUGAUCUACAUAUCUAUUUGUUUUAAAAUAGCAUUUUUUUUUCGUCCAUUCAUUUUUACACUUAUUCAGUUAAUAAUGAAAUAGAACAAAAGUCUUCCCAAUAUAAAGGUUUCUUUUAUUUUUAAUGGUAAUGUUGAAUGCAAUCUGAACAACUGAGGUAUAUUCGUUGUUAAAAUUCAUGCAGAAUCCACAUUGAAAUUAUCAAACGGUCUCAUGUUUUGGUCAAAUAAAAGAUGAUGUUGUCAAAUGAAUUUAAUUAAGACUUGGAAAGGUCUACCACGCAGAUAUGGAGUUAAAAUUAACAGCAGAUCAUCCAAAGAAGAUAAUUCUCUUAUAACACUUUCUAAUCAUUUUGUUAUCAUGUUGAUCAAGAUGUGCCAUGUUGUGUGGUAUUCCCCAGAUCUAUUUAUAGAUGUGAUCUACCUCUCACUCUCUUCAUCAAUGAAAGACUACUCGCCGUCUGGAUAACUUGGACGGUCCAUACAUGGAGUAUAUUUUAUUACAUUACCGUAUAUAACAACAGCCAAUCAGUGAUUGUAGCUUAAUUGAACUAAUUGAUAUGCACUUGUUGUCAUGUAUAUUACACAAAAGCUUCUUGUUUUUAUAUAUACUGAAAGUAUUUAUUGUGAGAGGAACGUUUGAGCUGGAUGUGAUAGUGAUGUAAAUAUGUGUCAUGUUUGAUGGUUAGAUGAUGUGCCAAGAACAGUUGACAGAGUUUACAAAGUAUCAUUAAUGUAAUGAUGUUAAGUUUAGUCAGAAAAGUUUGCAUUGAAUCUGAUAAUGAUGCCAUCUUUGUUUUGGUGUCAUGUUUACAUAUUAUAAACAAGGUGACAGCUGAAUGUCUUAAUCUCAUUUUUUAGUGGAAAAACUUAUUCACAGACAAGAUUUUUUUAAUUGAUCAAAGGACCGAAAGAAUCAAAUCAAACCAACUGCAAUUAGCAAACUAAUGUCCCUUGUAUGCAUAAUCUAAUUGUCGUAUUGUCUCAGCCAAAUUAUACAUUAAUCAAAAUUUUAUUCAGAAAACAUUAUAAUUUUUCUUUUGAAAUUUUCAUGUACAUAUUUACUAACAAAAGCUUUACCAAAAGAUUCCAUCCAUGUUUUUUAAGAUCUGCAUUGUGCAUUUAGUGUAGAUACUGGCAUUUAAUUUGUAAUAUAUGCACAUAUAUUGGCUUUAAAGCAUAUAUCAGUUCUUACCAAUCCCUCUACUAUGUUGUAUGAACAAAGUGACUUCAGAUUGACACAUUAAUUUUCAUUCAAACUGCAAUAUCGGAGGGUUUCCUCUUGACGUUUCCGGCUGAUGUUAAUAUUAUGCAAUGAUUUCAGCAAACCAAUGUAAAUCAUGUUUUAAACCUUUGUAUAUUAAACUGUUUUAAAACACUUCA